UUAGCCUUCUAAUCGACAUGAGGGGCCACGAGAUCCGUUCCCCGAACUGGGGGACUGAUACCACGCAUCACCGUCGAACAACUCGACAUCACGAUGCUGGCGGCUGAGCUUGGCAUCGACAUCCCUAUUGAGAUCCCCGCCUCGCACCCCGACGCCGGCCGGUUCUUAUCCGACCGGCCGUUUUCAGGGCGAAGAAUUCGACCUCAUUUUCUGCGGCGGCACGGUGCAAGGGGCGACCGCAUUCAGCGGAGAAGGACUCAGCGGGUUAAUUGGGGCCAUCAGCCUGGACCGUUCCCGAUCCUCGUGCGGAAGUUUCACGGGGAGAUCCCAUUGUCAAGUAUUCUAAACAAAGAUUAGCAACUGCUUAAACUGACUAGCAUGUACUUUCCAUGCUGCUACAUGUCCUGCGCCAACUGGCUCACCCAGUGACAAGAGCCUGACAGACCUUC